UACAUGGCCAAUCAAAUGGUCGCCUGGCUCAUCAAAAAUAGGCUUGUUCCCGGGCAACUGGAAGGCGAGACCGCUCGAGUUUGGAAUACAAUCCUGCAAAUCGAAUUCCCAGCGACGGCCGGUUAUGCCACUGGUCCGGAAACCCAAAUCGCUGGCCAUCGAGCGGACCUUUUCACUACUCACAUCGUCUUCGGAAAUCAAGCACCGGAAUUCAAGUUCCUUAUUGUCGAAUGCCCGAGGCCGGCCGUGGAAGGACAAAAUCAAGUCUGGCAGGAUGCCGGGGCCCAACUCAAGACUUAUCUCUCCGGCAUCGCCAGCAGUAGGUCCGGCGGAAGGAAAUUUGGCGCAGUCGCAGUGGGGAAGGUGGUUAGAUUCUAUGAGUGGGACAACGAUUCUAGUAGCCUUAAUUUGCUCGCUAACGGUGACCACUUCUACCUUGAUCGGCAAUGCGCAAGCGUCACUCGGUGGUUGAGGUUCUUCCGCGACAACCAUCAGUAG